AUGGAGGCAGAGCUGACUAGGAAGGGGCUAUGGGAAGUCGUGGAGUUUGAGUACAAGGUUGGCGCAUUCGAGGCUGAAACGCAGAAGGCCAUAGAGGUGGCGAGGGCAGCACGGGAUGCACAGCUGGAGAAAAAGGCAUGGGGUGAGAUCGUGCUUCAUCUGGAAGCUGAUCAACUUGUCCACGUUCAGGGGGAGCGAGACCCGGCAAACAUGUGGGAUCAGCUCAAGGCUGUGCACAUGAGCCGGGGGCUCACCACUGAGGUCACGAGAUGGAGGGUGCUCCUAAAUGCAGAGGUGAUAGGCGAAGAGGUGCCGAAGAAGCUGCAGGCCAUCAUAGCAGUCGUUGGGCUCUGUGAAGAGCUCAAUAUGGUCGAGACGAAGCUCAAUGCAGUCAACCGGAAGCUAUGGACGGUGAAGCAGGUAGUGGUGCUGGCACUCAAUGAGGAAGCCUGA